GAUGUGCAGAGCUGUACCCCCCCUAGCGGCCGAGGUCGCAGCCGUGCGUGGAGCGUCACAGCGCCGGUGUCCGUCCCCCAGUCAGAGUGAAAGUUGUCUCGGCUUGGAAAAGCUGGGGGUUCGGGGCUUGCUAGUUUCCACCGCCGGUACUUCACAAGCUUUCUCCCGGAGUAAUGAGGCGGAAGGAGAAGAGGCUGCUGCAGUUCGCUGGACUGCUCAUAGCGGCUCUUCUUUUCCUCCCAAACGUCGGGCUGUGGUCUUUGUACCGGGACCGAGUGUUCGACAACUCGCCCGACACAGUGGAAGGUCCGGGCGGCAUCCCCCAGAUACAGGCGGUUAAUCGGGCGGGGAAGGAUGUUCAGGUGAUACAUGAUGGCGUGCAGAGGAUAGACUGGCAUAACUAUGAAGCAAUCAAAACAGAUUUAUCUCGAUCUGGUAAUGGUGAACAGGGGAAAGCGUUCCCUCUCACGGACGCUGACAGGGUCGACCAGGCCUACAGGGAGAACGGCUUCAACAUUUAUGUCAGCGACCGGAUCUCCCUCAACCGCUCCGUCCCUGACAUCCGCAAUCCAAACUGUAUAAAGAAGCUGUAUGCAGACAAGCUGCCCAACACCAGCGUCAUCAUCCCGUUCCAUAACGAAGGCUGGUCGUCGCUGCUGAGGACCGUUCACAGCGUGCUCAACCGCUCUCCUCCACAGCUCAUCGCAGAGAUCAUCCUGGUCGACGACUUCAGCGACAAAGAGCACCUCAAGGAAGCACUAGAAAAGUACAUGGUGCGGUUGCCAAAGGUUCGCAUCCUGAGGACCAAGAAGAGGGAGGGGCUGAUCAGGACUCGCCUGCUGGGGGCCGGAGCUGCUAAAGGAGAAGUCAUCACCUUCCUGGACUCUCACUGUGAGGCCAACGUCAACUGGCUACCUCCAUUGCUGGAUCGAAUCGCAGAUAACAGAAAGACCAUCGUGUGUCCGAUGAUCGACGUGAUCGACCACGACAACUUUGGCUAUGAGACGCAGGCAGGGGAUGCCAUGCGAGGGGCGUUUGACUGGGAAAUGUACUAUAAACGGAUACCCAUCCCUAAUGAGCUGCAGAAAAAUGACCCCAGUGAACCCUUUGAGUCACCAGUGAUGGCAGGUGGGCUCUUUGCUGUGGACAGGAAGUGGUUCUGGGAGCUCGGAGGGUACGACACAGGUCUGGAGAUCUGGGGAGGAGAACAGUACGAGAUCUCCUUUAAGGUGUGGAUGUGUGGUGGCCGGAUGGAGGACAUUCCUUGCUCGAGGGUAGGACACAUCUACAGGAAGUACGUCCCCUACAAAGUUCCUGGUGGGGUCAGCUUGGCCAGGAAUCUGAAGCGUGUGGCCGAGGUGUGGAUGGACGAGUACGCCGAAUACAUCUACCAGCGCCGGCCUGAGUACCGUCACCUGUCAGCAGGAGACAUGUCAGCCCAGAAGGAGCUGAGGAUCCGCCUCAACUGCAUGAACUUCAAGUGGUUCAUGGACAAGGUGGCCUGGGAUCUGCCCAAACACUAUCCACCAGUGGAGCCCCCUGCUGGAGCAUGGGGAGAGGUGCGUAACGUGGGAAGUGGCAUGUGUCUGGAGAGUAAACACGUUGUAUCCGGGAGUCCCAUCCGCCUGGAGAGCUGCGUGAAGGGGCGGGGCGACGUCAGCUGGAGCCAUGGACAGGUGAGCAAAUCGAAAAAGUCAGAGUCAAAAGCUACCUCAGCGAGCCUAUCCAGAGUGAUUCUCCUAUUCGUCUCCCUGAACGCUAAAGUGAUGUGUCAGCUCGGCAGCCGGCCAAUCGUGCGGCCCUGCUGUGAAUCAGCUGGCCUGACAAUCACAGAGCCAGUCAUCCAGCCAGGCAGGCGUCCAUUUUGCAGUCCCACCCGCUGCUUUUGCGCCGCGACCCUGCGCUCGGCAGAAUGUGACGGGGUCGUUCCGGCGACUGAUCAGCAUGAGUCGUGCGGGGGAGAAGCAAAGGGCGAACAGGAAGCAGAGGGGGGGGACGGGGACUCAAAGAGGUGUGACAGCAUCCACCACCACCCCCCUCACAACAAACAAUCCCUUAGCCAGCAAGAGUUGGCCUGA